ACGAGAAACUCUCACACUGCACGUACCUGGAAAGACAAAAAUGGUCAGGGCCCCAUGUUUCGACAAAAAUGGAAUCAAGCGAGGUGCAUGGAGUGAAGAUGAAGAUAACAAGCUUAGAUCCUAUAUCGCGAUAUACGGCCACUCCAACUGGCGUGAACUCCCCAAGUUAGCUGGUUUGUCUAGAUGUGGGAAAAGUUGUAGGCUGCGAUGGAUGAAUUAUUUACGACCAAAUGUGAAACAUGGCAAUUUUACAAAAGAAGAGGAAGAUAUUAUCGUGGCUCUACAUAACAAGUAUGGAAAUAAAUGGUCAACGAUGGCCUCACGAUUACCAGGGAGAAGCGACAACGAAAUAAAGAACUAUUGGCACACACAUUUGAAAAACCGGGUUCAAAAAGAUCAAAAAACAACUGUGAUGAUCAAGAAUGAACAAGUUAUAACAAGUAGUAGUAGUCCUGAAACCUGCUAUGUGGUAAAAGAGGAACAAGUAACUAAGGCGGCUAAUCCUAAACAAUGUCCCGCCGUUGAAAAACUUAACUUUAAAACACAAUUGCAGGAAGUUAAUAUUUUAGUACAAGUGUUAUCAUCUGAGUCGCCAUCAUCAUCUUCUUCUUCGGCAAGUGAAUCGUCUCCAUGUUCAUUGAGCGUCUCGGAUCAUCAUGAUGUUCUUAAUGAUUUUGCAGCCCCACAAAUUUGCGAACCAGACGAAAAUUCGUGGAUAGAGCAAUUUUUGUUGGAUAACGAUAGUAUUAUAACAUCAAGUGAUAAUAAUUACAUAUUUUCGCCUUUAGGAUUCACCGAUGAUGAUGAUGGCAUAACCCAGCAGGCUUCUUUUCAGGAUUACAUCAUGGAUGAUGAGCUUUUAUGGUCAACUUUGGAUUUAUAAUUAUAAAUCAUUAAGCUAGUCAUUAAUUAAUUUAUAAGUCCAACUAUAGCUACGUGUGUGUUAUUUUUGUCGUAUUGUUCCAUACAAUAUUGUAUAAACUCUCUACGUUGUUCAUGACCAAUAAAAUAUU